AUGGCUGAGUCUCAGACUGCUACAUAUACCUACAAAGACGUGAGCGGGUUGAGUCUCACGAUCGACAUAUCAAGGCCGCGCAGUCCUCCGGAAAACGGCAUUGUGCUUAUUCAUUUCCAUGGCGGAUUUCUUGUCAUCGGCGAGAAAACGACAUUCCCGCCUGACUGGCUGAUCAACGCCUGCCAUGCCCGGGGCUGGACGUACGCAACCGCUUCUUAUCGCUUAAUGCCUGAGGCAACCGGCCUGCAAAUUCUAUCCGAUACCCUUGAUGCAGUCCGUUGGGUCCAUCGGAAUAUUAGUGAUCGCAUCAUCAUCGCCGGUUCAAGCGCGGGCGGAUACCUUGCAUUGGCUACGGGGGCGCAUCCCGAAUGCCCGAGACCUCUAUCGAUUCUCUCUAUAUACGGAAUGCUUGACCCUGCAAGCAAGAGAUACAUCGAGACGGGCACUCCUCUCCGAGCUCCGAUUUCCAAUCUGGAGACGGCGUUGGGGGAAAUUGAGACUGCUGCGGAUAGUGGCCAGUCUAUUGACGGCUAUGCAUUUCCAAACCAGCCUCCCAUCGAUCAACGAUUUCGUUGGAUUGGUGCCAUUCAUGAAUCUGCUCGGUAUCCAGAUCUUUUAACCCGAAUUUCAGGUCUAGCCUGUCAGAUCAGGGAGGAGGGUGUUCGCGCAAUCCCAGUGCAAUUCCGAAAUUUGUUUCCUGUAUCUUUCAGAUUGAGCCCAGGACUUCCUCCAACCGUUUUAUUGCACGGCGAUAGUGAUGAGCUAGUUGAUUUUGAGCAAAGUGCUUUAGUUGCUGAGAAGAUGAAACUACUAGGUAUCGACGUUCAUUUGGAACGUGCUGUGGGCCAGGGCCAUGGCUUUGACGCCAAGAGCAGCAUCAACCUCGACACUAUAGAUAUGGAAGGUGAAGAUGCAAUAAUUAAGGCGGGACUCCGGCGUGUUAUUCUGGCACUGGAGGCAUCCGUUGCCAAAGUAAGCAUUUGA